AUGGCCUGGAAAGCAAUUACUGGCUUGUUAUCGUUCCCAUUUCGAGCCUUGCUGCUAUUGUCGCUGAUUGUUGCCAGUGCGGUGACAUACGGGCCUAGCUGGGCUGGCUCGGGCCCGGCUAGUCCGAACAGUGGGCAGCUCCGGGCGGAGUCUAUCCUUGUAAAUUCGAAAAUUGCGAAAAGCGAUGAAGAAGCAGCAUCGUCCAUUCAUUUCGGUGUAAUAGUCCGGAAUCAAGCACAUCUCGGCUACAUAAUGUUACUUUACCUAAUCCCUUUCGAUCUGGGCCCUCUAAGCGAGUUAGCUUCGGCUGCCUUAUCCUACAAGAUGGUAGAUUAUGCGGACCUGUUUAACUUCCUAUUUCUGAAGUUCUGA